GUUUAUCAUCCUGGGAGGCAGUAACGGAGGCAACGUGUGUGCGCAGGCGCAGCAGCACUUCGCUCAACCGCAAUAAGCAAACAUGGCGGCGGCCGUCGACAGUGUUGUGAAAGUGCUGGGAGAGCAGUAUUACAGAGAUGCCAUGGAGCAGUGUCAUAGUUACAACGCUCGAUUGUGCGCAGAGCGCAGCAUCCUGAUGCCUUUUCUGGACUCUCAGACGGGUGUAGCCCAGUCCAACUGUUACAUAUGGAUGGAGAAAAGACACCGAAGUGCUGGUGUAGCUCCAGGACAGUUGUACACCUACCCUGCCCGUCGCUGGAGGAAAAAACGGCGUUCUCAUCCCCCUGAGGACCCCCGUUUGGCUUUCCCCCCUCUCAAAGCAGCGGAUUUGGACUUGGGGUUGAAGCGUGAUGCAUUGGGGACGGUGGAUGGCAGCAGUCUAGAGGCACUGCUAAAGGGCGAGCCCCUCGACAGGAGGAGUGGAGUGUCAGAACUCCGUGGUCCUGAGGAAGACCCAGCAACUGUGGAGCCUCCUGCCACAUCAGCGACCACUCACACUUCCUCUGGACGUAUACGCAAGAGAGUCCUGGACCAUGAUGACUACUUGGACGACCUGGAUGAUGAAGAUUUUGAAGAUGAGACCCCCAAGAGACGAGGCAAGAGCAAAUCCAAGGGUCGCAGCGACAAGAAUGGCAAGAAGAAACAGGAAGCUGCAGCUGCAGCGUUGGAGGAGAGGGACAAACCAUAUGCCUGCGACAUCUGUGGGAAGCGCUACAAGAACCGUCCUGGCCUGAGCUACCACUAUACACACUCUCACCUGGCCGAGGAGGAGGGCGAGGACCGCGAGGAGAUCGAGGCACCACCCACUCCUCGCCAGCCUGAGGAGCAGAAGACAACAAAGAAAGGUCCAAAUGGGCUGGCAUUACCCAACGAUUACUGUGACUUCUGUCUGGGAGAUUCCACCUUAAACCAAAAGACGGGGCAAUCAGAAGAGUUGGUGUCUUGCUCAGACUGUGGUCGCUCAGGCCAUCCAACAUGCCUUCAGUUCACACCAGUCAUGAUGGCUGCAGUAAAGACUUACCGCUGGCAGUGCAUCGAGUGCAAGUGCUGCAACAUUUGUGGCACCUCAGAGAAUGACGACCAGCUGCUGUUCUGUGAUGACUGUGAUCGAGGCUACCACAUGUACUGUCUGAGUCCCCCCAUGACUGAACCACCAGAGGGGAGCUGGAGCUGCCACCUGUGCCUGGCCCUGCUGAAGGACAAAGCCUCCAUAUACCAGCAGAACCAGAACUCUGCCCCAGAGUGACAUCAUGCAGCUAGUCCCACCCCCGUCCAUACAACACACCCUGCCCCACACAACUUCCUCCUGAUUGGAAAGUCAGAACUCCUCUCAGUCCGGAGCUCCAGGCUUAGUCCAGAUGUAGCUGAGCCAGAUCUUGGAGCAGCUUCUCAAGUCUUCAUAUCUGCAGUGUCAGAGGGGGAUCAGUCAAAGCGGGGUAAACUAUCACUACCAACCUGCCUCUAAUGCCUCUGAGGCUCACCAUCAAACACAUACAUUAUUGUGCACAUAUAUAGACACUCUCUCCCCUGGACUGUUGCACACACAGUAGAUACAGAGAGCGUGCAGUAACCAUAGAAACUGCUGUCUCCAUGGGAGCUCCCAGGAUUAGCAUCACAGCUAAUUAUCUGUACCCUUUCACAGUCAAAGACAUGGUGCGGACUGUCAAGAAAACACAGAGUCUCUUCUGCCAAAUGAUCUAUUUUUACUCUGAGCGUGGGAUAAAUAAAAAAAUCACCACCUUUAUGGUGGAGCAUUAUUAUAAUUAUUAUUAUUAUGACUAUUGUUAUUGUUCUGGUUACUAGUGGACUUUUGUAGUGGCAUUCAUCUGUGUUCUUAUGUCCAAUUGGAGCAUUUUUUUUUGUUCGUUUUGUUGUUUUUUUUUUUUUUCAGUUUCACUGAAGGGAGCUGAUCAGUGCCAAGGUCCACCACCAUUUGGAAUUUGAAGACCAUCAGAGCCUUUCACAAUCUUAACAUUUUACGUCUAUUUAAAUGCAGUGUGAUAAACACAGUCGAAAUCUUUAUUAUCAGCAAACAUGAAAACAAUAUUAGCCUUGACUUUAUCUGCUGUUAGCACAAAAUCUUUGGCCUUGCUACUUAUUUGAGAGUUGCAACAUAUCAAAUUCUCUUUUUUCUUCUGUUACUUCAACCAAACACUAUAAAACAGAUCAAACACUGAAUGAUGUUUUGGUAAGACACUUCUUUCUUUGCUGGCUUAUUGUCCUUUAUUUAAAAACAGUAUGCCAGGUUAAGACUGAUAAUGCUGUUCUUGUCAAGAUUUUUUUUUUCUCAAAGUCCAAUCCAGGAAGUUAGUCACCACAGAGGUCCGUCUUCAUUUUUGGUGCAAGCUUUUUAGAAACUGCAGUGACAUCAAAGUUGCUACAGUCAAACCAAUGUUGUACAGAAUUUAUGGCAUGGUUUGACUGUAACAGAAGCUGCUUUUAUCAUUCGUCACAAUGCGGUGGAUUUGCAUGCAGAUUGCACCGGUAUGAAUGCACACUCAUAUCACAACUCUUUAUUUUUGAUGUAUUGUUUGUUUUGUUUUUUACAUUUUAUAUUACCUGAUAUUCCAUUGGUACUGGGAGUUUUUUCUAGUAGAAUUUUGUAAAGUCUAUUGUAUGGCAACACUUCAAGUAUAUAGCUCCUAUUGCAUCUUAUGUACUGUACUGACUUUUUCUAUUUUUGUCAUGACUGUGACAUGUUUGAUUUUAUUUGAUUAUUCUGGUAUGUCAGACUUCCAUUAUGAGUAUUUGUAAAAUGAUGUACUUUGUUGUACUAUUUUUAUUUUUACAUUUCUUUGUUAUCAAAACCAGUUUAGCCUGUCUGAA